AUGGGCGCUAUGGAUAACAAAGCGGACCUCACUCCAAGCCCGGAAUACCAGCACAAGCCUCUCCCGGAUGCUUCAAGCUUUAUCAGACUGAUGAAAAUAAGGUUCAUCGACGAAAAAGACGACCCGCUCACGCUAGAAUGCGAAUUAAUCACCUGCCGCAUCGACGAAAGCCCGGCGUUUUCUGCCAUCUCCUACAGCUGGGGCGAUCCGGCCCGGACCGCCCGCUUGCGCAUCAAUGGCCGCCUCAUGAGGGUGACGCAGAACUGCGAGGUCGCACUCUGUGAAGCCAAACUGAGUACUACCGGCCUCUGGUCUCGUUUCACGGGCAGGGAAACACCUGACCAUAGCUUCUACUGGUGCGACGCGGUCUGCAUCGACCAGCUGAACAAGCCAGAGAAGGAGGCACAGGUGGCCUCGAUGGGGCGCAUCUACCGUCGCGCCGAGAAAGUGCUGGCAUCCCUUGGGGCGCCCGUCGAGGGCACCGACAGCCAAUUUCUGUUCCGCAAGCUGCAGUCCCGGUCCAGACAGCUGGGGAAGAUCGGGGGGCACUGGGCGCCGCGGGACGAGUUCCAGGUUGACAUUGCACGGGCGUCGGAUCGCGAGUGGUACCGAAUGGUAAAGUUCUUCCUCUUGAGCAUGCCAAGAUGCACAGUCAUCCGUCUCUGCAAGGCGCUGGAGUGUCUCCUCGGGACCGCUUACUUCCAACGCACGUGGAUAUACCAGGAACUGUUCUUGGGCAGAAGCGUCAGCGUCUGCUGCGGAUCAGCAUGUGUUCCUAUGAGUACCAUUUUUGGACUGGCUCAACGUCCUUUGAGCAUCAUCGGAAAGGGCUUGAUCGAUUCCGACUUGACUUACCUGGCGCUGGCGCGUCCCGUCGCUGCUGAGUUCAAGGUGUAUCUGGCCGACGAGGAUGCUCUUACUCUUUCAGCCACUACAAGUAUGAUUGAAGGUUCCGGUUAUGAUGGGCUGGUGGAACAGGUCGUCGUACUCGAGCUAUGCAGUGAGAAAGAAAAGUAA